AAUGCGUUAUUCCAAUUGAGACGUUGCGCGCGCCAGUCACUCGCCAGUUGGUUGUGCUCCGUCCUCAUCGAAGGCAGCUGGACCGUGUGACACAAAUAAAAGAAACAAAAGUGUGCUUUAAGCUUGAUUAUGGUUUGGACCAUCGGUGACAGUCGGUGAGCGCCAGUCGCUUUAGUCCGGCCGUGUAUUAAGAUGUGCAUCUUGCUCGGUUAGCUUCUGUUAUUUAAUCGUUAAGAGCAAUAGUGUCCAUAUGACUAGUGCCUCCAAUUGUGAGCAAUAAAACCUUUUACCAGGUGUAAAUGGUUUAGUGUCGUAGUGGAUAGUGAUUUUUCCAGUGAAGUCAAUAUUAUAAGCAUUACAGUGUUAGCCGUUUUGAAAGUGUUGCAUUUGAUGAGUGUGUUAUUUUAUAACGUGCUAUGUGUAUCAGCUGAUAAUGGACAACCCCAGGCAUUGUACUCCCUGGUAGUGAGUGAUAGGGGUUUGCUUUGAUUGCCCCUGUAUUUGAAGUGAUGUUUAUCAUUAGUCACCAGUGAUAAGAAACAGUGGUGGCUUUUUUUUUGCUACGAUACGAAGAAGAGCAAAAUCGACAACGUACAUCCGUAGUGGCGCUAGUACAGGUUGUUUUUAAAUAACCUUCGAAUUUUUCUAAGUUUUUUGUUGUUCCUCCUGAGUUCGGAUUGUGAGCUGAUUUAUUUCAUGGUACCCAUGAUAACGACGUACCAAGACGGGAAAAGAACUUACGAUAAGGCGCAGAAGCGUUUGUGACCGUGGAGCAGCAACGACCGACAGCAGCGGCGGCAGCAGCAGCAGCAGUAUCGAGCACGAUUUUGCAGUGAGGCACAGUUCCCAGAAGCACACUGUUGCUCCGUCCUGAGCCGGACAGCUACCCCUUGGCGGAGGUCCCACUGCGCAGCGCAGUAGUGUUAGUGCGACCAUGGCCAGUCCUUCGUGUUGGCGUAUUCUGACCCGCAGGAAAAUGCUCUCCUUCGAUGGGAGCUCAGAGAAGCUGGGCCGGAUACUGAAUACCUUUGACCUCACGGCGCUCGGUGUGGGCGCCACGCUCGGUGUCGGUGUGUACGUGCUCGCUGGCCAUGUCUCGAAGGAUCAAGCUGGUCCGUCGGUCGUGCUGUCGUUUUUGAUUGCUGCGGCGGCGUCCUUUCUGGCUGGGCUGUGCUACGCUGAGUUCGGAGCACGCGUCCCCAAGUCAGGAUCGGCGUACAUCUACAGCUACGUGUGCAUCGGUGAGUUUAUGGCGUUCAUCAUCGGCUGGAACCUGAUGCUGGAGUACAUCAUCGGAUCGGCGAGUGUGUCACGAGGCCUGAGUCUGUACAUCGACACGCUGGCAAACGAUACGAUGAAGACGCGCUUCCUCGAGGUGGCGCCAAUCGAGUGGGACUUUAUGUCUAGCUACUUUGACUUUUUCGCCUUCACUGUCGCGAUCUUGCUUGGCAUCGCACUGGCAUUUGGCCUCAAAAAGUCUACCAUGGUCAACAAUGCCUUUACCGUGCUUAAUCUCUUUAUCGUGCUGUUCGUCAUCAUAGCGGGCGCCAUUAAGGCCGAUCCGGAAAACUGGCGCAUAAAGCCGGAAAACGUGUCCAGCCUGUACAAUGCGGGCGAGGGAGGCUUUUUCCCGUUCGGGUUUGAGGGAACGCUCCGCGGCGCUGCUACCUGUUUCUUUGGCUUCGUCGGGUUCGACUGCAUUGCGACGACGGGCGAAGAAGUGCGCAAUCCGCGUAAGGCAAUCCCGCGAGCGAUCCUGUGCUCGUUAACGAUCAUCUUCCUCGCCUACUUCGGUGUCUCCACGGUGCUGACGCUCGUUUGGCCGUACUACAAACAGGACGUUAACGCUCCGCUGCCGCACGUUUUCAACGAAAUCGGUUGGCACUUUGCCAAAUGGAUUGUGGCCAUCGGGGGUAUCAUCGGGCUGGUGGCAAGCUUGUUCGGGGCCAUGUUUCCCCAGCCGCGCAUCAUCUACGCCAUGGCACAGGACGGGCUGAUCUUCCGGGUGCUGGGUGAGGUUAGUCCACGGUUUAAGACGCCCGUUUUUGGAACGCUCUGUGCAGCCAUGCUUACCGGUACGCUGGGCGGUCUGUUCGAUCUGAAAGCGUUGGUCAACAUGCUGUCGAUCGGAACGCUAAUGGCGUACACCGUCGUAGCGAUCUCGAUACUCAUUCUAAGAUUUUCCGAAAACCCCGAUCCAGCCACUCCCUCUACCAGCACCCGAGACCCGUACGAGUCAUCGAACCUACUGAAGGCACGUGAACGUGUUACGGGUUCCGCUUUCUUCAAGCAGCUGUUCAAUCUGUCCUGCAUUCGUUUACCGACGAACGUGUCUAGCAGUGUGGUCGGAGUGCUGGUGACAAUCUACUGUCUACUAGCGAUUGCACUUUCGCUCACGAUCUUUUACGCAAAAGACGCUAUCUUCUACGAUAUGGAACUGUGGGCCUGGAUACUGUUUGGAGUACUGCUCGGUCUGACGCUGCUUGUGCUGCUGCUCAUCUCGAUACAGCCACGGGAAAGGGCGGAUGCACCGUUUCGAGUGCCGCUAGUGCCGCUGCUACCGGGGAUCAGUAUUUUUGUGAACAUUUAUCUGAUGCUGAUGCUGGACGUCUACACCUGGAUACGCUUUGGCAUAUGGAUGGGAAUUGGACUAGUUAUCUACUUUACCUGCGUUUGCUGUAACAAGCGGGCAGCGAAAAAUCCCGAUGUGCGUGUACCACAUUUCCCUCCCGUAGAGACCACUUCCGAAAUGGGCUACCGAAGGAAUGAUGAUGGUGAGGAUGAUGAUCAUACGGCAGAUCUAGAAAAUGGAUCCGUAACAGUGACCGGCUCGGACCUUACUGUUCGCGAGCACACAAACUAUCCACAGCAGAAUGGGUACUAUUCACAGAAUCUAAGCACAGCCAUAUCGGUCGAAACAGCCGAAAAGGAAGCACGAAUGAUGGAACUGAAACCGACGCACCCCACAAAGGAGGUGAUCAUUGCUCAGACCGUUUUAGCUGCUGCAGGUACUGUUUCCGUGGCCGAGCCGGAAGAGGAGCAGCGUCAAAUGAAACAACCGAGAUCGAACACGUCAACACCAAAGAGUAGCUUCGAUGAGAUUAUACCACUGUCCGAGGAAACGGUUCGUGGGUUUAAGGAAAAGGUUGAACCUAAUGGGAAGGUGUACUUUGUGACACAGGAAGAAGAAAUCGGUGAACGUCGAGACAAACAUAAAGUAGUGCCACUAAGUAGUGGGGAAUCCAUCGAACCUGUCUCGAUAACGGACGAGAAGGAAACUUCCCGAGCGAUCGCAUUUUUAGAUCACAUACUAGACGAUGAAGACACGCUACCUUCCGUUGAGGAAGGUCUCAGCUCGGGAAACUACGUCCCCAGAACACCGAACGGUGAUGAUGAGUCGUUGGCUAGUCCCGUUUUUCGUGAGCAAUCGGUCACUGCCGAUAUUCACCGGGCGGACGAUAGUAUCGUGGAAGUGCAACAGGAAAUGCCUGAAGCCGAUGCUGAAGAACCUACCUCUACCUCAGUCAACGAUCACCAGCCAGAGGAACAGAAAGAAGUGCAAGAUAUCAAAGACGAUCCGGAUAAAGAAACGCAACCUCCUACGAUAGUAAUAGCUAGUGAAGAUGCUUCCACCGAUGUUGGAAGCGAUAAGCAGAAGCUAAAGCCUCGUGUCAUGUAUAUCGCGGGAAUGGGAGAAGACGGAGCACCGGCACCGAAGGAGCUGACCGAAGAAGAGCAAGACUACAUCAACUUCCGAGCGGCAGAGAAGGAACGGUUUAUGAACCGGUUAAGCACGCUGCUCGUUAAUCCAGUUAAAGUUCCUCUAAAGCGUCUACAGCAGCCGGAUGAGACGCGGCUGGAAGAGGAGCAAGAUUAUUCCGCCCGACAAGAGGCCACGGUAUCCGUGCCACCGACCGUACCGGGCAUUAGCCGUUCCACCAGUGAACCGAGCUUCGUACUGUUGCGAAACAAGCUAAGUCACUCUAACUCCCCGCAGGAAAGCGAAACGGACGAACCGGAAGUCGACCGGGCACGGUCCGAGUACAGCAGCGUGGUAAUACCUCCCGCACCCAAGUUUGACGAAACGCUGUUCAACACUAUCCGUGCCGGGUCGGUUAUACCGGGCACACCGAAGAGUCCCAUCCCGGCCGCUCCCAUCUUCGAUCCGGUGCUGUUCAACACGCUCGGCAAAGGAAAAUCCCAACGAGCAUCGAUUCUCCCAACGGAAGCAACACCACCAACACCGCUCCCGACAUCGGCUGCAACUCCCACCGAGGGACAAUAUUAUGAAGUGGAGUUGAAAAAGCUGAAACCCGUACCCAGCUCCACGACCGUACUGGCCACCACUAUCAAACCACGCGAUGAACCUACCAGCCCCGAACCGACUACACCAUCCUCCUCUAAUCCACGCGAUGCUUUCAAAUCGCGGCUGGAGAAGAUUCUACUGCGUGGACCGCUGGACGCAACGGGUCGUCCGAAAACGUUGCAACCGAGCAUGAUGGCAGCGGUCAGUGAAGAUAACCUUCAGCGACCAAUUGGCGAACAGCAACCACCGGCAUCCAGCACGGAUUCGGGGCUCAGUAUGGGUUCGUCCAGCAAUUCGCUAGCUCCCGCCACACCGCGGGAUGCAGCAAAACCACGAGACGAAAGCUUCCGUGACCGGGCGCGCGGGUUCGAUACGGCGAAAAAGAAACAAAAGCUCCUGUUCGAUGACGUGCUCAAGUCGAUCAAUCCCGAGACGCGUCCAAGCAGCAUACGCAACUCGGUCGAGCAUCGGGUGUCGUUCCGCAACUUCAAGGACGGUCUCAGAAAAACGGUACCACCGAAACAGUUUCUGCCCGACGCGUAGCGAGCGAAGGGUACACACCGGCACUGACUGUAGAUUUGACGCUAGUCCCACCAUUAUUUUAUCUCCCUUUAUUAAUCUGCCCGCCUGCCUGCUUACUGAUGGUAUGCUGUUAACAUACGUACCCGUAUCGUCUAACACCUUCUACCCUCUGCUCUGAUCCGUAGUCGACCCAACAUGACACCAUGCAACAUCCAGGCAUGCAAAUCAUUGUAACUCGUAACCCAUCCGCGACCUGCAUGCAUAACUGUAUGAUGCUCCUUCAAUACAAUUGUUAACUUACCUUGUUUGUUUUUCGAUGGUAGGAUUGUCGCUGUACGCGUUCUAUGGUUUCAAGAACAGCUAUAGAGAAGUGUACGCCAGCCAGUUCGGGUGGACCAAGCUGAAGUACGUCCACUAGCGGCGCUUGGAAUGCUGUCAUUCGAUUACGUUUUUUUUCAACGAUUUGCUGAUACAACCAACCAUAAAUAGGCUAGAUACAGGAAGCGUGAUAUUUAAGCAGCAUAGUUCCCAUACCACCAUUCCACGAACGUACCAACUUGGCCAUCGAUCAGGAUCAGCGGAAUAGAUUUAUGUUAGUAGAAGAAGAGGUUAAUGUGCAGCAUGCGACUAUUAGUAAACCGCGUGAUAUAUUUUGUUUUACUGCAAUGACUAAACUUGAUUGUAAUGUUCGAGCUCUGUUGGUAAGCGAAACGAGGUACAAGAUUUCGACGAUCGGUUUGCCAUGUUUGGUAGGCAGCAUAGCAUUAGAUUUUGUAUUCGUUUUGCCAUAACACACCAUUUUAAAAAGUGUGCACAAGACACGAGUUAUACAACCGAAGGCAAACCGCAGGGUUUGCGAAGCCCACGUAGGCUUCUGUAAAGGCUGGAUGUAGGAGAGAAAAUUCGGUUGAUUUUUUUUUUCAAAACUUGAUUUUAAUUUAUUUACUGUGUGUUAGCAGGCACACGGUUUACUCUAGUGAGAAAAAGGACCAGUUUAGUGUGACCACGACGCGUUAAUUGAUUAGUAGAUACGUUUAGAUAGUGCUCAAUUCUACAUAGGAUAGGAUGAGUGUAGGACUUAGUACGAGCCUGUAGUACGUGGUCAGUACUUCGAACGAAAUCGGAUCGCUUCACUCGAUGGUACACUUCGAGACGCUAUACGAAGUAACCUGAACGAGUGAAUAGUGUAUACGAAAAUAAACGAACCACCUUGAUCAUAUGCGAUCGAGCAAUGUAUAAGCA